AAAGCAGUCUAAUAAAAAUCAGAAUCACAUCCGGGGCGUGAAAAUGUAAAUAGUAAAACGAUUUUAUAUAAAUUUCAAUAUUUUUAGUUUCAUUAUUAUUUAUAUUAUUCAAUCAUGUUGUUAAUGUUUGAUGACAAGCAUAAAAACCACCUGUCGUUUCUACUUGACAUUGACAUAGCAGUUCUGCAAGAAUUUUGCAAGAUAAGUUUGGAAUUCAUCAAAAAAGGGGCCAAUCCAAAGGUGUACCAGGGAGCAGCACAGAAGUUGAGUGUGCCUGCAGAGACGGUACAGAAUGGUGUGGAAGGACUCAUGUACCUGCUGACAGAGAGCUCCAAGCUCAUGAUCAGCGAGAUUGACUUCCAGGACUCAAUCCUGACACUAGGAUUCCGGGAGGACAUGCAGCGGGAACUGCUGGCGCUGUACCUGACUCACCGGCGCGAGGUCCGUGCGAUACUGUCAGAGAUGGCCAUGGAUGUGCCUCACUACCACAACCUGGAGUGGAGGCUGGAUGUUCAGUUGGCCAGUAGAGCGUUACAGCGUCAGAUCACCCCGAUUGUCACGAUGAAGCUACAGACCAAGGACGGGGAGGAUAUGAUGUCACACGUUCUUCAGACCGAUCCAGUCAACCUCGUACACUUGACAAAGGUCCUGGAUGAAGCAUUACAAGAGAUCAAGUCGCCGUAUUGUAGAAGAAUAUUUAGAAAUAUUAAGUAGCGCUUUUUGCUGCACCUGUACUUUGAUUGUUUGAGGUGGAGAAUUUUGUUUCUGAUAGUGAUAUGAUGAGAAUAUAUAGGGGAUAUUUGUUUAUUUGAUCCAUUAUCAAUAAUAAUUUAUGAAUUAUCAAAAAUAUAAAUAUUUUUUAAAGUGUCUAUGCCGCUCUCCAAAAGCAUGAUCGAUAAUCUACUUUAUAAACAAAAAAAGAUCAUAAAUAUAUAUUUCCCAUUAUUUUUAUUUUUUUCAAAGUUAAUUUUUUACUGUAUCAGCUCACCAGUAAGUUCUUGGAUUAAGUGAGCUUGGAUUGUCGCAUAUAUGAAUUUGGGCAUGUGCAAUUUGUAUUGCUUUAUGUUAAAAAUUAUAAAAGUUAUGACCCUUUUGCAAAUUCUGUAAUAUUAUUGUUGUUAUAGCCUUUGUCUCUGAAACCACAAGGACCAAUUGUUUAAUAUUUUGUAUUAAACACCGUACAUGUAUUUUGCUUCUCUCAAAACUUUCUUAAAUAAUUCCACUUGUGUCAAAACUGGCCAUGCCCUACGAUCCAAAUUUUAUUUCUUACUACGUGCUACAUUAAAAACUGCGGCGUCAGGGGAGGGGAGUAUAUCCGUUACUAUUGUUACAAGCUCUAAUUAAGCCAAUUUUCAUAUGUGGCUCAAUUACCUAAAAACAAUAUAAUACAUAUUAUGUUAUUAUAAAAAUAGUUUAAAAACUAACAAGUUUAAGUUUUAUUUGAGGGUGCGCUAUUAUCAUAAACACUUAGUUUGUUAACAAAAGAACUGCAUUUGUUACUUGUAUAAAUAUGGGAUUAGUUCAUGUUGUGUCUUGUCAUUCUUAUAUAAAAUCUUAUUUGUCAAUAGAACUGCUUACCGUAUGUGAUAUUUCAUCAGGUACCAUUUUCUUGUGGGACAAUUGUUUGUUUUGUAUUGUAAUUUUACGGUUGUCUAGCAUAUUAAAGAAACCAGUUACGCAAAAUUUAUUAUAAGAAAACUCCAACACUUUGAUGAUGGUGAUAAUCAUUAUUAAAAAUUACACGUCAAAGUGAAAAUCAAACUGAAAUUUUGAUUAAAGCUAUGAAUAAAAA